AUGACACAGUUGGGCUUGUUCAUUGUCUUGGCCACAGCAGAACUUUACCUGUUGGCCUCCAUGGCUUAUGACCGCUAUGUUGCCAUCUGUAAACCACUGCUUUACCCUGUACUCAUGUCCUCUAGGGCCUGUACUUCCUUUGUGGUUGCUUGCUAUACUGCUGGGAUCAUCAAUUCUCUGACAGUUACGAGCUCCAUCUCGCAGCUCUCCUUCUGCAGGGCCAACAUGGUCAAAAGCUUCUUCUGUGACAUCCGCCCACUUCUGGCUCUGUCCUGCUCUGAUACCCAGAUCAGUAAUAUCCUGGUCUUUGCCUUUGGUGCCUUUAUCCAGAUGAGCUCACUACUUGUGAUUGUGGUCUCCUACAUUUUCAUCAUCACUGCCAUUAUGAGAAUCCGUCUAGCUGAGGGCAAACGUAAAGCUUUUUCCACCUGUGCCUCCCAUAUGGCUACUGUUAGUCUGUUCUACGGGACACUUAUAUUCAUAUAUUUACGGCCCACUUCCAACUCUGCUCCAAAUCAGGACCAAGUGGUUUCCAUCUUUUAUACAAUGGUCAUACCCAUGAUGAAUCCUAUUAUCUAUAGUCUGAGGAACCAGGAAGUCAAACAGGCACUGAAGAAGAUCCUAUAUAAGAUCCUAUAA